UUUUACGAGAAGGAGCAGAGACGCUGAGAUGAUCCUCAACAUCUUCAUCAUCUUCAUCAGCUCAGUUUAUCUGAGCUGCCAACAAAAUACCGAUUUCAAGGUGACGCAGAAUCAGAUGGUGAACCCAGACGGGUCGGCCUUCAUCAGCUGUGAACACAACGCCAACAGCAGCUCCAUUAUGGAUGUUCGACUCAACAGUGUGUUACAGAGAAAACGGACACCGCUCUGCAAGAAGGGGAUGCAGCACUGCUCGGACAUCAUCAUGUUUCUACAGAGUCCCAACAAGUGUCUCUUCAUCAUCGUGAAAAUCGGACCUGAGGCCACGAACGUCCAGUACGAGUGUGAGUUCACCGUGGAGAUAAAUAAUCUGCAUAGCACCAGGAGAGGAAUACCGACCAGGCUGGUGCCAAGUACCUCCGAGGGUCAAAAGGAAACUCCUCUUCCUCCUCCUUCUCCUUCUCCUCCUCCUCCUCCUCCUCCUCCUCUUAAGCAUUUUGACCUCAGCUGGAUUCUGAUUGGUCUGCUGGCUCUGGUGUUCCUGUACAGCUGCGUCAUCACCUGCGUCCUCGUCAGGCUGAGGAUGAAUACCGGAUUCGAUCCCGAGGACUGCACCUACGUGGAAAUGAGGAACGGUCCUCUGCAGAUGAAGUGACCUCUGACCUCUUCAGGCCACUCCUGUCUUUUUGCCACCCGACAUAAAACGACGGAGUUGAGCUAAAGCGCAUUAGUCUCAAACUUUCACUUGAUUCGCUGCUUUAUCACGCGUCUAUUUUGGAGUUGAAAACUGUUGCACUACUGCAGUUAAACAGCAGGAGGAGACAAAGAGAUGAUGUUUUCUGCCGCGGCACUAGUUCAUCACUGCCGUUACAGUGAUGACUGCACGGUGACAUGUUAUUAUUCAUUAUAUUGAAUAUAUAUGACUGUUUAUGUACAAUUUAUUAUUGAUGUCCAAAUCUUUUUAAUCUACCGACGGAUGUUUUCAUCCACGGUGAAUUCCCUGCAGCUUCGUUUUUAAAACAUCUGUUCGUUUCUACUUUGUUGCUUUAUUUUACUCGGCAUCAUUUACUUACAUUAUAUUAAUAAGUGUUAUUACCAUUACUAAUUAUUAUAUCGAUUUAGUUAUCAGACAUUUUCUCUGGCCACCGCUCCUUGUCCCAGGAGGUGGUUUAACAAGAGCAGAACUUUUUUUUGGAUUUGCUGUCGUAAAAUAGAAAUAAAGAAGUUCUUCUUUUUCAUGAUUGACAGCUGAGACUGACUCGUGAUUGGUCGAGUGCGUGUGUCGAUGGGACCUUGACUCCGCGACUCCAAACCACGAAAAACACUCCGACGCCAAAUGACGUCAAAAGCUGAAUAUUAGUAUAAUGACAUAUACUAGUAUAAUAAAACUGCCACAAAUAAACACGUAUACUCUUAAUGAGAGGAGAAGUUUUUUAGUAAAUGACUCCUGAUCAAAACAAAACAACGAUGAUGAAAGAACCCGACAAACCUGACUUAAUCGAAGUAAAGCAGGUCGUUAUUCUCACUGUGAUUUUGUGAAGCGUGCAGAAAGAACACAAGAAGAAGAGAAGAAGAAGAGAAGAAGAAUAGACGUGGCCUGUCAUCACUGUCUGUGGGUUUGAGCUCCGAGACAAUCAGGGAGAUUAGA